UUUCCACUGAUAGCGAGGUGCUGGCGUGGUGACCUAAAAGAGCUGGUGGACAGAGUCAGAAAUAGAUUACAGGUAGCGGCUGGACAGUCACAAGCCGUUCCAUCAGACAAAGAGAGAAGCCAAGUUGUCCAUCUUGGUAUCAGAAGAGUAACAAGCUCUGCUGUCGUUAUUAAAGCAUAACAGCAGACGUUCGGGGAAUGGAAAGGCGAGGUUCCUCUUCAGCAGUGCUGCUCAUUCUAGCGGGGCUGUGUGGUUCUGUGUGUGGGCAGCAAAACUGCAAAUCCUGUUACCAGAUGGGCAUGGGCGCCAUUAUUGGGAUCGUCACUGGAGACAUCAUCCUCACCGUCCUCAUCGCUCUCUCCGUCUUUUGCUUCGCCACCCGCAUCAAUGAGAGCCGCCUGGAGGCACUGAAAGGGACAAGUGACAUCAAGAUGAAAGGAAAGGUGUCCGCAAACACAGAGUCUACAUACCAGGAGCUUCAAAGACACAAACAAGACAUCUACAGUGACCUGAGGCAAUGCAGCUAAAAAGGAGAAAAAGUUAAUAAAUACAAUAAGAUCAAUUUUGCUGCAUAAUCAAUUUUUAGAUUUGCCCUGUGCAAGCAACAGGGCUUCCCAUGCUCAUUUAUGGUGCUAUCAGGUGGGGUUUUUUUGUGUGAUAGAAGGUGGCAAAAAACAAAGCUUGACUUUUGAUUUACUGCAAUGUUUUACUUGCUCUCUUUAGACUGUGCAGAGCUUGUCUUGAAAGAAGCCCCAAGAGUGAAACUCUCACAGCCAUACAAUGUACUUUUCUAUGCCAAUAUGAGUAAAUACUAUGUCUUUAGUGCUUGUAUAAACCUGUAAAACUGCUCAGUUUUUUUGUAUGGGAAACAUUUAAAUUAACAAUGUAUAUACACGUUCAAUAAAUGAACCUCACACGUUGCAUUUUACUCAUUUUGUAACAAGCUAAGGGGACAUGAAGACACUUUUUAAGGAACAGUGGCCCUAGUUCCAGGAGACCAGGACCUAUAGAGGCAACUUUACUGUAUGUGUGCUAUGCAGUGCCUGAAACCAGCCUCUUUGCAUUUGAUUAAUUUUAACACCAAGUCAGCAUACCUUAAUCUGAAUGUUUUAUUUCAUAAUGAGAAUCGGUCAGUAAAUGUUGCAUGCUCCUUUAAGAAUCUUUUUAGCUCUUUGCACAUACACAGCACAAAGGAAUAGGGAGGCUUGUGCUUCCUGUUGCAAAAAUUAUUUAUAAAGCAACACUGUUCCCUUUUUCUUCUGUGAAGACAAAUUUCCAUUCCCUGUACUCAAUCCAAGAGGAACUUGCCAGUCAUAAAAUAAAUAUACAUAUAAUAAAACAAA